AUGAGGAAGAGGGCACAAAGAAGAAAAGGAAAAAGAGCACUGAAGAAAGUCCCUGGGGCUAAAAGAAAACCCACUAAAAUACCAUCCAAAAGAAGGCAUAUCGCAAUAGACGUGGAAGACUCCCAUAGAAGCGAUAAUAUUACCAUGAAGAAAAAAGCACAUGUUGAAAAUGAAGUAAUUACCUCGAGUCCGCACUCAGGCCAAGGAGUGCGUGCAAACGUGAGUGUUAAGAAAGAGAUAUGGGAAACAACUGAGGCGUCAAAAAUCAAUCCCACAACUGACACAUCAGGAAUCAAUCUUACAAUUGAGGACAGCAUGUCUUCCGAAAGCAGCAUACUUAGUGCAACCAGUAUCUACACCCACAAGCAGAGUCACCCAUCCGGCAUGUUGCAGAUAUAUCGGGAAGUGCAACGGUUGGAGGAAGUUCAAAGGUGCUUUGAGCAAAAGAAAGAGUUGUGUGGGGACAGAUUCGAUCCCAGGGUCAAGGGAGUGCCGAACUCGCAUAGGAUACAGAUCGCGCAGCUACUCAGGGAUGUGUGUGACCAGAUACAAGCGGUCUAUGAGCAGGAAGAGCGGUUGAUUACGAAAUAG